AUGUCCCCGUGGAACAUACCGCAGUGGGCGAGGAAGAAGCUGCUUCAGUUUAUGUUGAAGAAGAAACUAGGGCAGCUGAUUUUGGGGGAUAUUGAUCUUCAUCAGCUUGAGCUCGGGCAAGGCGCUAUCCAGCUAAAGGACCUCGCCCUUAACGUUGAUUAUCUCAAUGAGCAGUGGGGUGCCCAGUCGUCUGUGAUUAUAAAGGAAGGAUCAAUAGGCUCUCUUUCUGUUAAAUUGUGCCGGAAGGAUAAUGGUUUCGAGAUUGAGAUUGAAGUGGACGAGCUUGAGCUUGUGCUUGGACAAUGUUUAGAGAAUGAAACAUCUACCUAUGGUGAUAAAUGUCGUUCGACUCAAGAUAAAAUAUCCUUGAUGCAUGGUGAGCCUGGAAAACUAGGUAAUGAUUUGGACCCGGUAGCAAAAUCCGGUUCUGCUGACAUCCAUGAAGGUGUAAAGACGAUCGCGAAAAUGGUUACAUGGUUAUUGACCAGCUUCCAUGUUCAGAUAAAAAACUUGCUGGUUGCAUUUGAACCUUACAAGGAAAAGUAUGAUAAGGAAGUAGGCUGCCGCAAAAUCUUGGUCUUACGCGUAGCUGAAGUGGAAUUUGGGAGGGGUGAUUCUGAAGAUGGUUCUUCAACUUCUAAUGGAGCCACUGACGACUUCCUAGGAAUCAGUCAGCUAGCAUACUUCCUAAAAUUUCAAGGAGCGGUACUUGAACUUCUGGAGAUGGGUGAUGCCAAUAGUGAAUCUGAACCACUAUCAGUUUCAGUUUUUGGUGAGGUGAUGUCGUCAGACUUUACCUCAAAUCAGUCAAUUCCGAUCAUGUUGGGUAAUGAGGACGGAUUUUCUGGGAAAUUGAAGUUGAGUAUCCCCUGGAAUAAUGGUUCCCCAGAUCUCCGCAAAGUGGAUGCUGAUGUUCGUAUUGAUCCUGUGGAAUUAAGGCUUAGGCCUGGUACACUCAAAUGGUUUCUUCAUGCAUGGGAGAGUUUUAAGACCUUGAACAAGGAUUGUGUUCCCAAUACGCAGUUCAAGUCUACGGACUCUGUUUACUUCAAUUCAGCUUCUCAUUUUUAUUCAUCAACACGAAGUUCUGCUUUCAUUCCAGCCGAAAAGUUGCUUUCAGCUUCAGGAAGUUCUUCAUUAGGACAACAGUCAUUCAGUGAUUCUGUUCUUCCUGGAUCGCAUCUUAUACCUGACUGGAUGCCAAAAUCUGUUACAGAUGGUGUGCAAGAUCUUGACCUUGGGGCAAGUGUGGACCAGUUUUUUGAGUGUUUUGAUGGACUUAGAAAUUCACAGUCAGCUUUGGGGAGUAGUGGGAUGUGGGGCUGGACAUGCUCGGUAUUUGGUGCUUUAACUGCUGCUUCUAGCCUUGCUUCUGGUUCUUUCCUCGUUACAUCUGAGAAGCAGCAUAUACAGACCAAUCUCAGAGUCUGUUGGACGGGAAUUUCAAUUAGUUUGUUCUUCCAAGAUGAAGACGAACAAUAUUGCUGUGAAUCAAACAGUGAUCGAAGUGAUAGUGCUUCUGAUGUUCAUCAUGUGACUGCUGAAUGCAAAGAUAUUUCUUUUGUUGUGCAGGUAAGUCCUCAACAAAUGAGAAUUGAUGGCACUGUGAGAUGUAUCGAGGUAGCUGAGAUUUCAGACAAUGGAAAAGAUGGCAGACACGUGGAUGGGUCUUCUAAUGAUGGGCAUGAUCAGACUCUUCGGAUUCAAAAACUACAAGCUGCUUUACAUGGUGCUCUCCCUCAUAUUGGCCCGCCGGAAAAUGCUGCGAAUUCAGAUGAUUGGAAUAUACUUGAUGGUUCAGAUAUUCCCCCUGGAAAAACAAAAAUCAAAUUGCUCAGUACAUCUGGCAUCACUCAUUGCCAAUAUGUUGUGAAUUCAGAUCCAUCCAGUCGUGAUGCAAAAAUGCCAGCAGCAUUUUCAUUGACUCUCCCACACUUCACGUUUUGGGUGAACUUGAUAUCAAUAAAGACGUUAAUGGAUCUUGUGAAGGAUGUCGGAAGCGUUGCUAAUACCAGUCACCAGAAUGAUGGAUUAAAAUCUGCGCAUGAGAAACGUGGCUCUUCAGUUCAUGAAUCGAAAAGAACUGUCGGUGCAUCUUCCUCGGCUCAAAACUGGCAAGGUAAUAUCUCCAUUACCAGUGCCCGGAUAAUACUCUGUUUUCCGUUAGAGGUGGACAAAGGAAUCCAAAGCCGCUGUUCCUGGGAUCAAUUUAUUGCUAUUGAUUUGUCUUCACCAUCUGUUAUGGAUGAGUGGAAAGAUCAGGGUCAUGGUCGUGUAGCUGAUUCCAACUCAUGGAAAAGAUAUAUUUCAAGGCCUGCAUGGUCUGUGCACGUGUCUGUUGGUGAUCUUGGGAUUUAUCUGGUCAAUCAGAAUGAUUCUGUAACUAUGCCCCGCAAGAAAUUUUUCGUACAGAAGGUAUUAUCUCUCAGCAAUAGAGCUGGGUGUCUUUCAAAAAUCAGCUUAUUAUGUCAAGAUAGUGUUCUAACUGGUCCUUGGGUUACUGAGAGGGCCAAGUCCAUGGCUACCUCAGAAGAGUCCAGGAUGAGAGAAAACUCUGUAGCUAGAGGUCACGAAUUUGCCACCGUAACUGCUGUGAAAGACAUGGAGGAUAUGAAUUCUCGAACUCGAAGGGACAUAAUACUGACUUCUGCUGUUUUUCUGCAUGUUCAUCUACCCCCUUGCAUUGUUGAUUUGGACAGUUCUCAGUAUCAUACUCUAGUUCAUCUUAUUGGUCAGAUGGUAAAUACCCUAUCACAGGGAGCCUGUGAAGCAAUUAAUCUCGAGGAAAAACCAUCCGUGUCUCAGGCAGCAGUCCUAGUAGAGUGUGACUCUCUAGAAGUUUCAAUUAGACUAGAUGCAAGGGAGGAAACAUCAAGUUCCUUACAAAGUGAACUUCCUGGAUCAUGGCUAUAUUUCAAGCUGAAAAUUCGGAAAGUCGAGUUUAUGUCUGUCUCCAAUAUUGGUGGCAUGAAAGAUGCUAAUUUGUUGUGGGUAACCCAUAGAGAAGGUAAACUGUGGGGUUCUGUCACCAAGGUUCCAGGCAAGCUGUUUGUUCUGAUUUCUUGUAGUAACUCUUCCCGGAAACGUGGGGAUGGAAGCGGUUCAAAUGCAUUAUCUUCACGGUGGGCUGGUUCUGAUAUUGUCCACCUAUGUGAUCCAGGGGAUUUGCAUUCAAUUACAUCCAUUACCAUCAGAUGUGCAACCAUUGUGGCAGUUGGUGGACGGUUGGACUGGCUUGAUUCAAUAAUCUCCUUCUUCACUUUGCCCUCUCCUGAAGUUGUGAAAGCAGAUCAUGAAAAUCAGCAGAAGGCUCUCCAUGCCUCGCAUCGAGUGUCUUUCCUUCUUAAGUUGGUUGAUGUUGGUUUAAGUUAUGAGCCCUAUUUGAAGAGUUCAGUAUCAGUGGUUCACAGUUCUAUUUCCAGUUCAUCAAAUGCAAAAGAGGAUACUGUUGGGCCAUAUUUUGCUUGUCUACUAGCUGCUUCUUCUUUGACAAUUUCCAGUACUGCUUUGGAAGAUUCUGUGGACAAAGAUUAUAAAAUAAGAGCACAAGAUCUAGGAUUCCUUCUUUCUAAGGCACUGCAAAAUCCUGGUGCUAUCUACAGUGUGGAUUAUCUUCGUGAGAUGGGAUAUGUUAAAGUUUCUCAAGAAGCGCUUGUAGAAGCCAUUUUGAGAACUAACUGCGAGAAUGGUCUUCAAUGGGAGUUAGAGUGUUCAAAGCUCCAUAUCUGGAUGAACACUUGCCAUGAUACUACUUCAGGCCUGACUCGACUGGCUAGUCAACUGCAGCAACUUUUUGCUCCUGAUUUGGAGGAAUCAGUUGUGCACUUGCAGGCUAGGUGGAAUAAUUUUUGUGUGGACCAAGAGAAGAAUAAGUUCAAUGAGGAAGGUAGGGCUGAAACUCGAGAUUCUACCUUACCAACUUCUGAGGUGCUUACACCUAGUGCUUUCACCAAGAAUGAAGCCUUGGCAGUUGGUUUGAUGGAUGAGAUAUGUGAAGAUGCAUUUUGCUUGGAUGGAGAACAGGACUGUCAACAUGGUUCCAGUGGAUCAAAUUGUCAGUUGCCACCUGGUGAAAGCUUCAUUGCACAGCGUUAUGGAACUGGUGCUGAAGCUAACGAUACUUGCUUGGAAGGUGCAUCUGGUGAUUGUUCCGUGUCUCUAGUAGGGGCAGAUAGUACGGAAGGAUCAUUUUUGGUGAAUGGUUCUUUACCAGAAUUUAUAGAAAGCUAUUGCAUAUCUGACUUGCGCCCUUUGUCUGGGUUGUCAAUUGGCUGCCAAUCUUCAUCUGAGCAUUUCGGCGACAGGGAUCUUGCACGGGGAAAUAGUGGAUGGUAUGGGGAGGUUCCCUUAAGCAUUGUCGAGGACCACAUUUCUGAUGUUAGUGGGAGUGGUAGCUUGAACCAGUCUCUUGAUGACAGGUUUCCUGGGAGUGCCUCUUCAAUGUCUGAUGAAUCUGUAAAAGCUAUAGGACGUUUACUUCUCAAGGAUAUUAAUGUGAGCUGGAAAAUGUAUGCUGGUACUGACUGGGGUGCGUACAGUAUGAAUGAUGACCCUUCUAAACGUAAUUGUGGAAGGGACACAACUACUUGUCUAGAGGUUUCAUUAUGUGGGGUGGAGCUGCAAUAUGAUUUGUUCCCACUGAGGGGACUUUGUGCAUCUAAGAUGUCACUUUCCAUUCAGGACUUCUAUCUUUAUGACAAGAGCAAAAAUGCACCUUGGAGACUGAUGCUUGGAUAUUACUAUUCGAAAGAUCAUCCUAGGACAUCAUCUGCUAAAGCAUUCAGGUUGGACUUGGAAGCUGUAAGACCAGAUCCACUGAUACCUUUAGAAGAAUACAGGUUACAAAUCUCACUCCUUCCAAUACGAGUGCAUCUUCAUCAAAGCCAGCUGGAUUUUCUUAUUAGCUAUUUUGGUCCCAAAGGAUUUUCGGCUGAUCUGUCUUCGGAUAGUCAACAAAAUUCAGGUUCUGUCGAAUCAUUACCAAUUAGUGGUGCCGACCUUGCUGGUCAUUCCAUUGCACCAGAGGCAUUUCUUCCUUAUUUUCAGAAAUUUGAUAUAUGCCCUAUUCUUCUACGGGUCGAUUACACACCCAGUCGUGUUGAUUUAGCAGCAUUAGGAGGUGGGAAGUAUGUGGAACUUGUGAACCUUGUCCCCUGGAAGGGUGUUGAACUUGAGCUCAAACAUGUCCAUGCAUUUGGAGUCUAUGGUUGGGGCAACAUAUGUGAAACAAUUUUGGGGGAAUGGCUUGAAGAUAUUUCGCAAAAUCAGGUACGCAAAAUCUUGCGAGGUCUUCCUACGAUACGAUCCUUAGUUGCUGUUGGCUCUGGGGCUGCAAAGCUUGUGUCCCUGCCAGUUGAGAGCUAUAAGAAAGAUCAACGAGUAGUGAAGGGAAUGCAAAGAGGUACAGUUGCAUUUCUUAGAAGUAUAUCGCUUGAAGCUGUUGGACUUGGAGUGCAUUUGGCUGCAGGAGCCCAUGAUAUCUUACUCCAAGCCGAGUACAUCCUCACGGCUGUUCCUUCUCGUCAGGUAUCGUCAUCGUCUUCCACCGCACAGGGUAAAAAGAAGUCGAAUGUACGAAGCAAUCAGCCAAAAGAUGCCCAGGAAGGAAUGCAACAGGCAUAUUCGAACCUAAGUGAUGGCCUGGGGAAAUCGGCUUCUGCAUUAGUUCGAACACCGUUGAAAAAAUACCAAUACGGGGCCAGUGCUGGGUCUGCCUUGGCCACUGCAGUACGGGGAAUUCCUGCUGCUGCUAUAGCUCCUGUCUCUGCUUGUGCAAGUGCUGCGCAUUCUGCUCUUCUCGGCCUUAGAAAUAGCCUCGACCCUGAGCACAAGAAAGAAUCAAUGGAGAAAUAUCUAGGACCAACUCAGACACACAACAGAGAUUGA